AUACCUUCUCUCUCUGUCCUCUCUUCGCUUUAAUACCUUCUCCUCUCAUCUCAAAACCCUAGCCGUCGAUGUCGUCGCCGCUUCUCCUCGUCGCCGCUUCUCCUCGUCGAAUGACACCUUUGUGUGGUGAGCUCGCGUGAUUUAGAUUUCAAGCUAUGUGUUCUCGGAUUUGAACAGUGAGUGGAGUCUCUCAUCUUAGUCUGAAGCUCUUUCUAAAGAAGUGUUGGGCGUUUUCAAACUAUAAAGAAAGGUUUGGUCUUGUUGAGAAGAAUCAUUUCUAAAGAAGUUUGAUUCUGUUGGUAAUUGAUCUGAAAUCCUAGGUUUUAGCCGUAGAUCUGCUGCUUCUUUCAAUUGAUUUGAGAAACCGUAGGUAUUGAUUCCAUAGAAGGUGAAGAAUAAGAUUCCAGAAUUUUUGAUUAGUCUUAGUGAGAUCGUAAAAUUCUUUCAUUAUGAGGAAUCAGAGGUUGCUAUGAGUGUUUAUGGAAGCUGUUUCUUCUCGUUUUGGAUUCUAAUUGGGAGUAUGGAAGUUGAUUGAAAACAGUGUUGGUUUUCUUAUUCGUUACCUAAUAUGUUGAUGUUUCUUAAGCAAUAAUGAAGUUUUGAAUUUGAAGAGAACGUGGAAGGAAAAAUAAGGAGCAGAUCUUAGCUUCAUUAUGUUGCCAAGUUCGAGUAUUGGUUGUUGGUGACUCAGGCCUUUAAGAACAAAGGCAUAACUGGUAUGGGAGCUGCAAGGUUUUGUUGGGGUGGCGAGUUUGGUUUUCUUGUUUCUAUCACUUCUAUUAGAUUGGAUAACUAUGAGAGAGAGAAAGGAACAAGCAACUUGAAGAAUCACGCCUCAAGUGGCUACUAUAUCCUAGGCACCGCCAAUGCAACCGCCAAUGCAACAGCCACUGCCAAUGCAACAGCCACAACCACUGCACAAAACAACGUAGAAGAAACCAUAGGAGAAACCAAUCCAGCCACUGCACCACAAGGAACUGUCGCAGCCACACCAACAGUUUCUUCAUCUUUUUUUCAUUCUGUUAUGAACAUUGAGGAUCCUUUUGAAUGUUUAAGGUUAUAUAUGUAA